GCCAAUUCGCUGCGUGCGUUCCAAUAAAUUUUGUGUGCUAAAAGUUUUUAAAAAGUAUUUUUAAAUUUUUGGUGCAAGUGCAAACGUGACAGUAAACAUUUUCAAAAAGUUAUAAUUGAGUUGAAACACUGACCCAGGCAACUCCGGCGUUAAGAAAUUUUACUGGAGCCACCGUGUGCGAGCUAUAAAAAAAAACGUACUCAACUUACCUGAGCCAACUGCUGCCUGCCAACCACACACACACACACAGACAGCAACAACAACAAAAAAUGGAUGCCGCCGCAGCCGCCGCCGCCGCCAAGCGCGUACAAAUCGAGAAGGCACACAAUUUCAUGCGUCAGUAUCGGGAUCCUGAGUCGCGGGAAUUGAAAAAACUAUCGGCAAAUCAAUUUAUGGAUGUGUGGGCACACUACGAUAAAGAUGGCAACGGUUACAUUGAGGGCACCGAGUUGGAUGGCUUUCUGCGUGAGUUCGUAUCCAGCGCCAAUGCCACCGAUAUCAGCCCAGAGGCUGUCACCGACACAAUGCUCGAGGAGCUCAAGUCCUGCUUCAUGGAGGCGUACGAUGAUAAUCAGGAUGGCAAAAUCGAUAUCAGAGAGCUCGCUCAACUUUUACCAAUGGAGGAGAAUUUCCUUUUGCUUUUCCGCUUCGACAAUCCGUUGGAAUCGAGCGUUGAAUUCAUGAAGAUUUGGCGUGAAUACGACACCGAUAACUCUGGUUAUAUAGAAGCGGAUGAGCUUAAGAAUUUCUUACGUGAUCUACUCAAAGAGGCCAAAAAAAUCAAUGAUGUUUCAGAGGAUAAGCUAAUUGAAUACACAGACACAAUGCUACAAGUUUUCGAUGCCAACAAAGAUGGCCGUUUGCAGCUCUCGGAAAUGGCCAAAUUACUUCCGGUUAAAGAGAACUUCCUCUGCCGUCAGGUAUUCAAGGAGGGCAUUGAUGGGGCCACUAAAUUGACAAAGGAAGAUAUUGAAAAAGUUUUCUCGCUUUACGAUCGCGAUAACAGUGGCACCAUUGAGAAUGAGGAGCUGAAAGGUUUUCUCAAGGACUUGUUGGAGUUGGUCAAGAAGGACGACUACGAUGCUCAAGAUUUGGCCGCCUUCGAGGAGACUAUCUUACGAGGCGUUGGUUAUGAGAAGCAUGGCAAAAUAUCGCGCAAGGAACUAACAAUGAUUUUAUUGACCUUAGCCAAAUUGUCGCCAGAUGAUGAGCAGUAAGGAGUUAAAAAAAGUAAAUUGAAGAAUUGUUAGCAUAUAUUUUUGGUACCAAAUUGGUAAAUAAAAAGUAAAUGAAAGAGAAGCAGAACAUGCAAAACGGCCAUAAUUAAGCAUAAAAGGCUUAAUCUUUUUCGAAAACGAGGCAAUUAAUUACUUUAAAGCAGCAACUAAAUAUAAAAAGCGUGCAAAAAUGGAACUCCAAAAAACCAUUAUACUUACAUUUUACCAGCACAUGUUUCAAAUGAGGAAAUUUGUGCAUAUUAAUAAAACUAAGAAAUAUUGAGAAACCGUAUAUUUAAAAUACCAAAAAUAAAGCAUAAUGAAUGUUUCAAAUCCAAAUAAAUAUUUAUGCAUGUUAAGCUUUUGAAAGUCUAUUUCCUAAUAACAACAACAAAUCUACCAACAAAUUUGAACAAUUAAAAUACACCCUUGAAAAUGGAAAGUCCACUUAAUUGAUUGUACUAAAUGAAAAAAGAACUUUGAAAUAAAACUAUUAAAAGGGAAAGUAAUCCAUUUGUCAAAGCAACUUGAAACCAGCCAUCACAAGAUUAAAGUUCAGUACAUCGAUUUUAUUGCAUUGUCUGAGGAGAAUUUUUGAAGCCAAGAUAAUAUUUUGAAUAUAACAAUAAAUUAUAUAUAUACAUACAUAUAUACUAUGUGAAUUGCAUAUUGAUUACAUUUAAAGAAUAAUAACAAUUUAAUUUUAAAUUAUAAAUGAUCUUAGCUAAGUGUAAAUGGCGCAACAACCAGUCAAAAUACGUGUAGCAAAAUUUUAGAUAAUUGUUAUUAAUAUUUAUGUGUAAACUACAUGAAACAAGGCGUAAAUUAUACCAAACCUAUUUAUAAUUAUAACAUACAAUAUAUAUGAAUAUAUUUUGAUGCGUGUGACUUUUUCUGCUUCAUUUUUUGAGAAUUAAAUUAAUUUUGUGUAUUAUAGUUCCAAUAUACGUGUGACCUAGCAUGUAAGUUUUAAGGCAAGUCCGAAUAAGAAGCAUACGCCUCGUCCUUAGCACUCGAACAUAUGCCAAUUGGCACUCAAACACGAGAACAUUUUACCCAUUUGCAUGCCAAGCUAAAUACAUACAUAUGUAGCUAGCAAACAACCGUAAUAACAUGCAUUGAACUUUGGCCCCUUGCUCAUGUCUUCUCGACAUAUGGGUGCCCAACCGACAUGAUUGCAUGUCCUUGUCCUUGUCUAUCCCAAUCGCAGAAGCGGACAAGGUGUUGAGCUUGAAGAGCUCCCAGCGUUUGCGCAGGUAUUCGUAUUUGUGUCAUGCCCAAAACUAUAGCAUAAUUAUGGGCGUUGACAGAGUAUAGGACUGCAGUUAAAUUGGUGUACAGCCUAUUGUAAUUUGCCGAUUCGAUUCCUUAAUUAUAUAUUAUUCGUACACGCAAUGGAAUUAAAAACAAAAAAACAUGCAAACACUAUGCUACAUUUUAAGCGCAAUGUUAAAUCUUUAAAAAUAACAUUUAUACAUCGUUUAAAACUCCUCAAGGUGCUAUCUCUAUUCUAAACAUAAACAGUUACUUGUACAUCUAUAAAUAAUUCGAUUUUUUGUUUGUUUUUUUUUCUUUCGAAUUAUGCCAUACAUUCACAUUUUCCUAAACGCUAUUCGAAUCCAGAUACAUAUGAAGUCUGGAUAAGGAGCGUUAUGUGGAAACAAAUUAUAUAAUAGAGUUUCGUGUCCGCUUGUAAUGAGGAUAUAUUAUUGGCACCUUCGUUAUGGUAUCAUUUUUAAAAAUAUUGCCAAAGGCAGUGUUAAAACAAUUUUAAUUUCCCGUAAAAUCUUGGAUACUUCUUUACUUAUUUACUUGCUAACCAUGCUUUAAGUGGCAGACACUAAAUUAAAAUAAAAUAAACUAAAUUCUGUGGAAACUUAUAUAAAUGCCAAGUAUUUCAAGAGAAGAUAUAAAAAUACACUUAAUGUCAACCUACAACUUAAGAUACUACCGAAGAGAAACUCUUUAGCUAUCUAUAAAACAUAUAAAGCUUCAAUGGACUUUCUAUAUACAUACAAAUACAAUACAUACAUACAAUAUAUAUAAUAUGCCCUACGUCAAGCAAAAUAUAAAAAUACACUCAUACUUAUAUGGAAAAUGUUUAAGGAACUAAAAUACA